AUGAUAGGGGCUCUGGUUUUGUUUGUCGCUGUCCUCAUGUCCGGGUCUGCCCUGGGAAGCCAUGAAGGAGCUCAAAACCCGCCUGCCAAUAUUUGCAAAGGAGCAGCAGCAUCGGAAUCAGCAGGCAUAGCUGUUGAAGUCAACGCGGAUAGCAAGAAGGCGUCGUUUGUGUGCGAUUCUGAGGCGAAGAACUUGUCGCCGCCAGAAAAACUCGGCAAGGUCACACAGUGCCACAAGAACAACGCACUCAACAACAUGGUGACUCUUGCGGAGCUUUUCGGUGAUGGGUCAGAAGCCACUGUUACAUCUGUCGCCGAUUCCGCUCAAGGGUCUGCAGUCACGCUGACGCUGGCAAGUCUCCCUGAGACUGCGCAGACCAUCUACUUCGGCUGCACCGACGAAACGGAAUCGUCUGAGUCGCCGCCAGCUGCGCGCGUCAAACAAUCUACAGACGGGGCAGGAAAAAAGUGCACUGUCACAGUCAUAGUACCCGCAGAUCCGGCUGCGAACACAUGCACACUUAAGAAGAAAUUCAUGGAUCUGAAGAUCACCAGCGAAACCAAGACGGUGUCGUUUCAGUGCGACACGGGCAUUCCCAUGUUGAGCCCAGCAGCGGACACACAGAUAUUCGAUGACAAGUGCGAGGAGCAAGUUACCCUGUCAGAUGUGAUUCCAUCUGCCAAAAUGGCGAGGAGGGGCUCGCGCUACUCAUUCAGUGUAGAGGAGCUGCCUGAAACAGAAGUCACACUCUGCUACAAGUGCUCGACGUCUGCUCCUGCAGGAUCUGACAGGAAAGAAGUGUCUGAAAACAACGCAAACGCGUGCGUUGUCAAGAUCAAAGUUUCGACCGCUAAUCUCGACAGUGCUGCCUCGACUACCGGCGUAGCAGCCUCGCUGCUGGGUCUCGUUUUCAGGCUAGGUGUUUCCGUGUUCUUCGUUCAGUUGUUCUUUUGA